AGAUGUCCAACCCCUUCCUGAAGCAGGUCUUCAACAAGGACAAGACCUUCCGGCCCAAGCGCAAGUUCGAGCCGGGCACCCAGCGUUUCGAGCUGCACAAGAAGGCGCAGGCGUCACUGAAUGCGGGGCUAGACCUGAAGCUGGCCGUGCAGCUGCCCGCCGGCGAGGAGCUCAACGACUGGGUGGCCGUGCACGUGGUCGACUUCUUCAACCGCGUCAACCUCAUCUACGGCACCAUCAGUGACGGCUGCACCGAGCGCUCCUGCCCCGUCAUGUCAGGCGGCCCCAAGUAUGAGUACCGCUGGCAGGACGAGCACAGGUUCCGGCGGCCCACGGCACUGUCGGCCCCCCGGUACAUGGACCUGCUCAUGGACUGGAUCGAGGUGCAGAUCAACAAUGAGGACGUCUUCCCCACCAACGUCGGCACGCCGUUCCCCAGGAACUUCCUGCAGGUGGCGAAGAAGAUCCUGUCGCGGCUCUUCCGCGUGUUCGUGCACGUCUACAUCCACCACUUCGACCGCAUCGCGCAGCUGGGCUCCGAGGCGCACGUCAACACCUGCUAUAAGCACUUCUACUACUUUGUCACGGAGUUUGGCCUCAUCGACACCAAGGAGCUGGAGCCGCUGAAAGAAAUGACCGCACGGAUGUGCCACUGAGAGCCCCUUGGCCCCGUAGUCACCGAGUCCGCGCCCGGGG